AUGAGUUUAAAGAAAAGAGGUGGGCUCAACUAUGGUGAUGCAAAGAAGAUUUUGGAAACAGUUUAUCCAGAACUUGCACAGAAUAUAGUUCCAAAUUUGAAUAAAAUUAAAUCAAAUGUUUUAUAUCAAAAUAGUAAUAAUCUUGAAAAUGCUAAAGAAGCAUUAGAAAAUACACUUAAUGGAUUGAAAACAAGGGAAAUAAUAAAUAGUGCAAGACAACCUUUAUCCACAGCUUUGGAAUCUAUCCCACAGAGGAACUUGAAAUCAGUUUCAAAUGUUUUAUUAUUUCGUACAAGAAAUCAACUAUUAGAUAAAUCAGAUUUUAAUAAAUUAGCACCAAAAACUCAAUCAAAUUUUGAUUUAGAUUCCAUACCAGGUGAUAAUUAUAAUUUUAUAGUAAGAUCUGGUAGAUACCCUCAAAAUUUGGAAUAUAGAGUUGGUUAUUAUCUCAUAUUUGAUUCAAUAGAAGAAGCUGCUGCUUUCAAUGUUGAUACUUUAAAAAAGCAAAUUAAUGGAAUAAAUUUCAAUACUGAAAUGAUUGAUGCAAAAGCUAAUGAUCCAGUUAUAAAUAUUCGUGCAUUAAAUGAAAGUUCUAUAGUGGAAAAUGGUAUAAUGAAAUUGAAACCUGGUUUCCCAAGAAAAAAUUGUGUAUUAGUUAAAGGUUUUCCAAAUUUUAUUAAAAAACAUACAAUUUUUAGAAUGCUUUAUGAUUAUGAAUUAGAUGAUAGUUUUGAUGCAUUAACUACUAUAGACUUAGAUAAUCAUGCUAAUUUAGGGAAAUGGUUAAUAAAAUUUUCAAAUUCAAUUGAAGCUCAAAGAUUUGUUAGAAAUUAUCAUGGAUUACAUCUUAAUGAUAAUCCUGAGAUGCCAAGGAUAUACGCUGAACAAUUGUUUUAG